AGAAUGGCCGAGCCCUACGACUGCACAGAGUGUAAGGAGUCCCUGUACGGGAGGAAGUACAUCCUGAAGGAGGAGAACCCGUACUGCGUGGCGUGCUACGAGGCUCUUUUCUCCAGCAGCUGUGAAGUGUGCCAGAAGGUCAUUGGCUGCACUAGCAAGGAUCUGUCAUACAAGGACCGCCACUGGCACAGCGACUGCUUCCUCUGCAUCAUGUGCAGCAGGUCUCUGGUCGAUCGGCCUUUUGCCACCAAGGAUGAAAUGCCGAUGUGCAUCGAGUGCUACAGCAACGAGUACUCCUCCAAGUGCCAUGCAUGCCUGAAGACCAUCAUGCCAGGCUCCAAAAAGAUGGAGCAUAAGGGCAACAGUUGGCACGAGAACUGCUUCACCUGCAACCGUUGCCAGCAGCCCAUCGGCACCAGGAGCUUCGUCCAGAAGGACGCCUGCAACUACUGCCUGCCGUGCUAUGAGAAGCAGUUCGCCAUGCAGUGCGUCAACUGCAAGAAGCCCAUCACCACUGGAGGAGUGAACUACCGUGACCAGCCCUGGCAUAAGGAGUGCUUCGUCUGCAUUGGCUGCAAGCAGCAGCUGGCCGGCCAACGAUUCACCUCCCGAGACGACUUCGCCUACUGCCUUGACUGCUUCUGCAACCUGUUUGCCAAGAAAUGUGCCUACUGCACCACCCCGAUCAGCGGUCUCGGGGGCAGCAAGUACAUCUCGUUCGAGCAGCGGCAGUGGCACAACGACUGCUUCAACUGCAAACGGUGCUGCGUGUCUCUGGUGGGUCGAGGCUUCCUGACGUGCAAAGACGACAUCCUCUGCCCCGACUGCAUCAAAGACCUCUGAGUCCGCUCCACGCCAGAAAAAGAGUUCAUCCAAGUCGGCUGCGAGUCAGAAAAGCACUGGCAGUGUUGUCACCUAACCCAUCUUUUACUGGUUUCUCACACAUUAACCUACUCUUACAGCUGAGGUGUGUUCU